AUGCCAUUCGAUUGGGCCUUCUCCUCCCCACGGAUGGUGUGCGAUUGCUUGGCUGAUGACUUCAAGUCCUUUUUGGACCCCAGAGAGUAUAUGGCCAUCGGCCGACCAGGCUCUGGCUGUGGGCACCGACGCUACGCCGAGCAGCGGCUGCCAAAUCGCUGGCAAGGCUUCACCUGGUUGCACCAUGACCCCUUGCGAAAGCGCCAGGACCACGACUACCUGAAGCGUUGUGUGGAGCGCUUUCGGGUCGCUGCCCGAUCGCCGGGGCGGAAACUCUUCGUGGUGAGCUGUUUUGUGGAUUCGCCGGAGAAGUUGGAGGAGAUCAAGGCACCAAAGUUGAAGGCUCCGACGAAAGCAUCUUGGGCCUUCUUCGCGCCAACGGAGAUUUCAAGGCUUUGCCACAGCCUCAAGGAUUAUGGAAUCUCCAACUUCAAGUUGGUUGCUGCUGUGCUGUGUGUGGCUGCAGCCUCUGAAGUAUCGCGUGAUGUCGAGGAGGGGGUGGAGUCGCUGGAGCCCUGGGUGCGGGAGAUUCCAUUGGAAGGUCCUUGUGAUGUGGAUGGAGCUUCGAUGGUUGAGAUCCAUUUGGGCGAGUCAACAGAUUUUGACCCCUUCAAGGUCUUCUUUCAGAAGCCGGAGAACGAGCAGGCCUUUGAUCGGGCCGUUCUUGGCAACAGCAAGGUUUCUCCUGAACUGGAUCAACUUCAGGAUGACUACAAGCCUUCAGGAUACCGAGAGAAAUUGGAGAACGGUUGCCCUUUUUUGAACCUGGAGGAGGCUAGCUUUGUAUGCCGUUGCUGCAAGGCUGGAUUUGCCAGCAGGAACAGACUCUUCUCGCACAUCCGUGGAUCUUCGACUUGCAUGAGGUUUGUGGCUGAAACGGAUUUGAGGGGCUUUGAGUCCUUGAAGGAGGUAAAACCUCAGAUCUAUGCGCUGAUUUUUGGCCUGCCAGUUGCCAUGACAUGGAGCGAGGUGAAGGAGAUGCUUCUGGGCACAUUGGCUUUGGUGGGAGAGAAUAUCCAGCUAAUCACACAUGAGCACCAAGGUUCAUUGGCCAACAGCGACGUUUGUUGUCCAUCAGUUGCAGUCAUGAUUCUUGCAAAGAUGUCAUGUGCUCCAACAGGAAAUGCCUUAUUGCAGCAUUUGAGAGAGACCUCUUCAGAGAGAGGACUGGUUUUGCAUGGCUGUGUGCCAGUGAGUAAAGCAAUGGCUUCAGACUGGCCGGAAAGUCUAGUCAUCCAGCACUUUGCUUACUUGCUUCCCUUCGAGGUGCAGAAGGAAGCGGAGCUGGAAGAUCUCCAGAUGAAGAUGAUCGAAAGGAUGUCUUUCCAAAAGGAAUUUGUGCUGGUGAAGGUCGCUGGAAGCUGCUGCGCCGAUGACGCCCUGCAGUUCCUGGGCCGUGCGUUGGCAGUCUACCAUGGAGCAGGUCUGGAGUUGUGUCUUCCAACGGAACUUCUCUACUUGGAAUCGCAACGCUUUCCUGAGCUGGAGAGAAGACAUGGCCAAAGCUGGGCAUUGGAAGAUGACAAGAGUCUCUGCGCAUUGAAUGCCUCGCGUGGUGAGCUGCAUCGUAAACUUGCUGAAGUGCAGGUUGAUUGGUCAGAAGUGAUCUGCAAAAAGGAGUACUUGCUUGUGGUAGGUUCCGGAGCCUAUGGCUGUGUGGCCUCCUUCAAGGAUAAAAGGAGCGGAGAGACAAUGGCGGUCAAGAAGAUCACCAACGCUUUUGAUGACCUGGUGGAUGGGAAGCGGAUUCUGCGUGAGGUCAAGCUCCUGAGGCAACUGGAUCAUGAUAACAUCAUUCGGAUCCUUGACAUGUAUCCGCCUGCGGGGCCUGACUUCGAGGAUAUCUACAUUGUCACUGAUCUCAUGGAGACUGAUUUGCAUCGGGUGAUCUACUCCAAGCAGCCCUUGACAGAGGAACAUCAUCAGUACUUUGUCCAUCAAGUCUUGCGGGGCCUCGCGUACUUGCACAGUGCAAACAUCGUGCAUCGAGACAUCAAGCCUUCGAAUCUACUUGUGAACAAGAACUGCGACUUGAAGAUUUGCGACUUCGGCCUCUCCAGGGUCCUGGCGACCGAGUCCGAGGAUGCGCUGGGGCGCACCGACUAUGUGGUGACGCGUUGGUACCGUGCUCCGGAGGUCAUGCUUCAUUCUGCAGAGUACACUGUGGCCAUCGAUGUGUGGGCCGUUGGAUGCAUCCUCUGUGAGCUGAUCAUGCGCCGGCCGCUGUUUGCAGGGAACGACCACGUGGAUCAGAUCCGGAAGAUCAUUGCCACCUUGGGCACGCCCACGGAGGCGGAAACCAAAUGGCUGCCGGAAGGGGGCACUGCUCGGUCCUUCCUGGUGAAGUGCCCCAGCGCGCCCAAGGUUAAUUGGAAGCAAGCCCUUCCCACGGCCAGUGACAAUGCAAUUGAGGUGGUGUGCCGCAUGGUGACCUUCGACCCAACCGUUCGCAUCAGUGUGGCCGACACUCUGCGGCUCAAGUAUUUUGAUCACCUGUUUGACGAGGAGGACAUGGUCCAUGAUACUUGUAGCAAGAAGAUUGAUUGGAGCUUUGACAACUUUGAGCCCACCAAACCGCUGUUGCAAAGCUACGUCUACUGUGAGCUAGCUAGCUUUCACCCAGAGAUCGUCGACCGCGACCAAGAGUUGCUCGCGGCUCGUGGGAUCGACAAGCUGCUCAGUGCCAAACCGAAGGCGACGGGAGCCGCGUGGACGCGUGGCACGAAAGAACGGCGCCGGAGCCGAAAGAUCUCAGGAUCCGUUUUUGAAAGAGCUGAAAGACCGAGAUGGUGGAGACGGGAGACGGACCCUUGA